CGGAAGGUAGGGCAACGACGCCGUUUCAACUUUCAAGUUUCAGCAAACACUUUUUAAGGUCUAAACUAAACACUUCGUUGAGAUUAAAAAUCAGCAACGUGUUGUGUUUGGUCUCCAUCGUUUUUGUUAAAUUUUUCGAGAAGAGGCACACAGAAAGAUGAGAUUAUUAUCGUUGAGUCAUGCUUUGGUGUUUGUGUUAAUUGGGGCGUUGUGGAACUUGCAAGGGUUAGAGGGUAUCCGAUUUGUGAUAGACAGAGACGAGUGUUUCUCCCAUGAUGUCAAGUACGAGGGUGACACUGUCCAUGUCUCUUUCGUUGUUAUUAAGGCUGAUUCUCCCUGGCAUUACGGCGACGAAGGUGUCGAUCUCGUGGUAAAGGGACCUUCUGGUGAGCAAAUUCAAGAUUUUCGUGACAAGACCAGUGAGAAGUUCGAGUUUGUGGCUCACAAAUCAGGGGUCCAUAAAUUUUGUUUCACCAACAAGUCUCCUUAUCACGAAACUGUCGAUUUUGAUGUACAUGUCGGUCACUUCUCUUAUUUUGAGCAACAUGCAAAAGAUGAGCAUUUCACCCCUUUGCUGGAGCAGAUAGGAAAGUUGGAAGAAGCUCUCUACAACAUUCAGUUUGAACAGCAUUGGUUAGAGGCUCAGACUGACCGCCAAGCAAUAGUGAACGAUGCAAUGAGCCGAAGAGCAGUACACAAGGCAAUUUUUGAAUCAGUAGCACUGAUUGGGGCUAGUGCGCUUCAAGUCUACCUUUUACAGCGAUUGUUUGAACGAAAGUUGGGUACCUCAAGAGUUUAGACUUUAGAGCUACGAAAUGUUCUGAGAACCUGUAACAGUACAAAUGAGAAUGUUAUUCUAAACUUUUAUUCCGUUGUCAUCACAUGGAUAUUUAUACGACCAGUUGUUCAUCCCUACCCAUUACCUGUGGAAAGAUGUUAUUUAAUGUUAAUUAUACUUUAUAUCCGGUAAAACUCGCAGAGGACAUCUCAUGUCCCUUGCCGUAGACAUAUCGAUUACUUUAUUUCCCCGGCUUAAGAGAAAUUCACAUGCAUUUUGGGAACAA